GUUGCAAACUUGUCUAGCUACAUGCAGCUGUCUGUUAUCUAGAUAGAUAUAUAUAAUUAUAGCUAGUAUAGCUACUCUUUUAGGACAACCACUUAUCAACUUGCUGUCAGCACUGACCAUUUAGAGAAGUGUCCCAAGCUAACAAGUAAAUUGUUCCAUAGCUACCUCUGCACAAGAAUCACCUACCAGCAGUCAUUGUAAAUAUCUGUCCUAGAACAUAAUUAUUUGGUUGUCCGAUGAUUCUUAUUUCGAAUGGGAACAGUUUUUACACUGGAAUUGGGAUACAGUACCAAUCUUACCUCCUCAAUUUGCUCUGACAACGCUUUAGCAGAUCUAUUCCUCUACUGGAAAACCCUGGAAAAUCCGGGAUCCUAAGAACAGAAGGAAAAUUGCUGUUUUACUAUUUGGAUUUACGCUAUUGCAAACAGGAAUUUUCUUCGCAAAUGCACUAUUGAGCAGUGACGAAACUGUAUGCUAAGUUACAGUCAUUUUUCCCCGAGUGAAGACCAGUGACACUUUAUUCCACUAAUCUGAUAGUAUUUAUGUGUGUAUUCAUGUGUUAAAAAGAUAACAUAUUUAUUUAUUUAUGUUCACAAUGUAAGUACUACACAUACUAAAGGUUGUGAAUUGGCAAGUUGUGUAAUUAUUACUCUAUAUUUUGUUUUUAUUCGCAUAUCAUAAAGGGAAGGUUAGCUUCAUAAGGUGUUUGAAGCAGAUGAACCCUUGUUUGCCAUCGAUACAUCAAAUAAAGCAACUUGUUUUGCCUGUUUUUGAGCCCCCAACGAAGUAUUAUUCAUCUGAUGGGACACCCUUUUAUGCAAAUUCAAUGAUGGCAACAAUACGUCAUUGCUUCGCUAAUCCAUUGUUUGCAAGUGUAGUCCAGAGGUAUCCAGUUCAGCCUGACAUGGAGUUGAUGGAAAUGUAUCAUGGAGAGCGCUGGAGAACAGACCCAAAACUUCAAACCCCUAUAUGGCUGUUUUGCCUGUGGGUCACGUGUUUGUCAACGACUUUGUUAUAGUCUCACAUCCACACUUUGGAAGUAUAUGUGUGAAGGUUCACAGAUUUUACUGCAAGGGUUCUGAGUUGCAUAUCCAAGCACAUAUAUUGCUUACACUGGACCAAUUAAAAAUAGCAUUCACAUCAGUUGUCUACCUGUAUCCUGAGCCGGGUGCUUUGGUUAUACUUGAAUCUUCUGACUUCAAGGUUACGAACAUUCUAACUAUUGUUUCACCACCUAGCUCCCUACUUCGAUAUAUGUUGGAUUUAAACACUCUCGAACAACUUGGAAUGAAGGUUUCUGUGUUGGAUAUGUCACGACCUGUUGCUGAGGAUAUCAAAACACUCCAAGAGGGAAUAACUGUCUUUGAUGCAUUUCUCAAAACUGAGGUUAUUGUGAGGGCACCUGUGAUUUGCUUGAUUGCUGAUAAUCCUCGCGCAGCAGAAGUCAUUAAUCAUCGAGGUGGAAGUAGCAAGAAGUACUGCAGAAAGUGCAUGGUUGACAGAGAAGUUGAUCCUGUUGAUGUGAGCACUCUACGUACGAAAGAUGUAUCACUUAGCCAAAUGAGAACUAUACAGUCUGCACGGACAGAGUCAGAGAAGGAGAGUCUUCGAACUAGCUUUGGACUUCGUGAACGAGAAAAUCCCAUGCUGUCAUUGAACGUUGAUUUAUAUCAAUCGACACCUGUUGAAUGUCUCCAUACGAUUUUGCUCGGCCCGGUCAAGUACUUACUGAAACGCUUCAUUGCUGGAUUAAAAAAGGAACAAAAAGCAGAAGUUCUGGCUAUUGUUCAACAAUUUAAUUAUUCUGGCUUUGACGUUCGACUGUAUGGAAACAUAAUCAAACACCAUUGUUCAUUUGUUGGGAGGGAUUACAAAGCCUGGGCACAGAUGGCUGCUUUUAUUGUGACCCCAUAUGUGACUACCAAUGAAAGAAAAUUAUGGUUGGCACUUUUAAAAGUGUUCAGACUGGCAUAUUGUGUUCCAUUUAAUCCAAAUUGUUCUGAGGAAAGCAGACAAGUAUGUAAGGGGUUUGUAGACCUGGUGAAGGAAUACAACCCACAAAUGCUUAAAAAAAUGAAAGUGCACCUACUGCUCCACCUUGUGGAUGACCUCUGUGACUUCGGUCCCACUGCUGCUUUCAACACUGAAAGGUGUGAAGCCUUUAAUUCAUUGAUGAGGGAGCAGAAAAUUUUUUCAAACAGACGAGCCCCAAGUCGUGAUAUUGCUGUUUCGUUUUCAACGUUAGAAGCAUUGAGAUUUGUCUGCUCAAGUGGCUAUUACCAGAGUGAGACAAAUGAGGAUUUUCAACAGUGUGGUGCUGGAUUGACUAAUCUUUACAACCAGCAUGCAGUACAAACUGUUUUGAAUGGUGUCUCGUCAAAAUCACUAAAUCUUGGCAAGGCUAUAUAUCAGUCUGGAGCACUGAGAAAGAAACAAGGCUCAACCAAGAAAUUGAAAGAUGUUGCCUUGUCUUUCAAUGGCGCCAAUCAGAUGUAUGGUGAAGUCUCAAGAGAAUAUGAUAUACAUUCAUCACCGUCUUUCUUGAAUUUGGAUGUUUUGGUGCAAACAUAAUUAUUAUGGAGCAGUUUAUUCCCAAAAGGGUCAACUCGUCAAUAAUGGACACUAUGUACGAAUUACUCCUUGCUUGAAUGUUGUGUACGGACUCCUGUUGACAUGUGUUACGCUGGACAAUUUAACCUACUGCAUUCUACAGGAGCUCGAGUUGCAGCAAGUUAUGGGUUUCACCGUACACAAUGAGCAAGACUGUCCCUUGUUAACUUUGACAAAAAC